GGUACUUCAGAUUUUCAUUAAUUCCUUGUAGUUUCCUUUCACCUUUGUGCACAAUAUAUACAUCCAUCCAACUGAGAUUUUGUUACACCCUCACCAGCUUCUUUGACUACUUGUAUUGAUGAUGCAUUCAUUACCAUUCAUGCAGCACAGCCGCUGCCUCCUCUUCUUCGUCAUCUCCGCCAUCGUGUGCUGCUGUGCUCCAGUCGUCUUAUGCUGCUGUAAUUCAGCCCCGUCCGGCGGAAAAUGGGACAUCUUGGUACCCAACAUAGGCAUUGUCGCCAUGCACAUGCAACUCCUCCACAACAACCGAGUUAUUAUCUAUGACCGCACAGAUUUUGGUAGCUCCAACUUAUCAUUAGCUGACAAUAGAUGUCGGGUAGACCCGAAUGACAGGGCCUUGGCGAAGGAUUGCACCGCUCACUCUGCGGAGUAUGACGUGGCAUCAAACAGUAUACGCCCCCUUACGAUCUUGACUGAUGUUUGGUGCUCAUCCGGUGCUAUUGCACCGGAUGGACGGUUGGUCCAGGCUGGAGGGUUCAAUGAUGGUGAUCAUGUGGUCCGAAUUUAUUCUCCGUGCGAUGAUGGUACUUGUGAUUGGACGGAAAUACCUUCGGGAUUAAUACAGAGAAGGUGGUAUGCGACAAGUCAUGUUUUGCCUGACGGUCGCCAAAUUAUUAUUGGCGGCCGCAGGCAAUUUAAUUACGAGUUUUAUCCGAAGGAUGGGUCGACAACAACUUAUUUAUUGCCAUUUCUAGUGCAAACUUAUGAUCACCCGGCUACCGAAAAUAAUUUGUAUCCUUUUGUUUUUCUCAACGUGGAUGGCCAUUUGUUCAUUUUUGCGAACAAUCGAGCUAUAUUAUUAGAUUAUCAUAAUAAUGUAGUUGUCAGGACUUACCCUGUAAUUCCUGACGGCGGCCAUCCUCGAAAUUAUCCGAGCACGGGCUCCGCCGUUCUUCUUCCGUUAAAAAACUUGCAACAGGAAUUAGUUGAAGCUGAAGUACUGGUCUGUGGUGGUGCACCAAGGGGAUCAUUUGAAAAUGUUAACUCAAGCAAAAUUUUCGACAAGGCAUUGGAUACUUGUGCGAGAAUUAAAAUAACCGAUCCCAAUCCGCAAUGGGUGAUGGAGCAAAUGCCCAUGAGCCGCGUGAUGAGUGACAUGAUUUUGCUUCCUACCGGCGAUGUUCUGAUUAUUAACGGUGGCUCAAUAGGUGCAGCAGGGUACGAGAACAGUAAGAACCCGGUUUUGAAUCCGGUUAUCUAUAAACCGGACUAUCAAAUGGGGACAAGAUUUGAGGUCCAAAAUCCAACUACAAUACCGCGAAUGUAUCAUUCGACAGCUAUUCUCUUAGCUGAUGGAAGAGUUCUUGUUGGUGGCAGCAACCCUCAUUAUUACUACCGAUUUACAGGAGUACUAUUUCCUACUGAAUUAAGUCUGGAAUCAUUUUCUCCAUCGUAUUUAGACCCCGAAUUCGCGUACCUGCGACCAACCAUUUUAUCACCAGUGACACAAACAAGAGUCGGGUAUGCAGAGCAAAUUCUUAUCCGGUUCAUGGUGACGGGUAAAUUAAAUUUCGAUUCGGUCAUGGUCACGAUGAUUGCACCUUCGUUUAACACACACUCGUUUUCCAUGAGCCAAAGAGUGCUGGUGGUUGGGUAUGGGAAUGUCACAAUAGCAGGACGACAAAAGUAUCAUAUCGGGAUCGUUACUCCAAGUUCAGGUAAUCUUGCUCCGGCUGGAUUUUACAUGCUAUUUGUAGUUCAUCAAGGUAUUCCCAGCGAAGCUAUCUGGAUUCAGAUUCAGUGACAUUACUGCAUUAAUAUAUUUCAUUCAGGGACUUCUCAGUUUUUUUCCUGAAAAUAAAAAACAAAGCAUUUUGUUUGCAUUA